UCGAACACGAGUUGGGGUGCGUUGAACUUACUCAUCACUGCUGUGUACCACCACUUCGUCGUCGUCGUCUUCACCGUCGACGAGACACUGCAGACAACGAGCUCUGUACCAAACAAUCUUCUACUGUAACUUAGUCUUUAUCCUUUGUUUCAUUCUUGUUCUCAUAACAGUAACAACGUUGCCAUCCAACUUGGCUUUCUCGCAUUUCUUCCGAGGCUACCUAGCUGUAUAUCGCCAAUUUCCUACUCCCACUCCUUUAUAAUCUUUCUGAAGUCGAACCAGUACAAUGGGCCAAACUCCUUCCAGGAUACAGAUCCGUCGCAAUGGCAUUUCACAAGCGAGAUCUAACCCACCAUUCUCUGAAUCGCAGUCAUCGUCCGAACCUUCAACUUCCGUUCCCACUCCCUCAUCGUCAUCUGUGUCAGAGCCUCAAAUUGCAGAUAUUGCAGAAACAAAACGUAGUCGUCGUACAUCCUUGCCGCACCGCCUUCUUUCAUCGCUUGCUCCCAGGACCUCAACUCCACGCAGCCGGACAGGCAGUUCAGCUACUCAAUCCUCGCAGCGCAAAAAGUGGCGGCUUUCACGACGCAUUUCUAAAUCUCGGACAGCCAAUGACAUUACUGUUGGUGAGGUUGCAGAACCUCAAAACGAACGGAACGGAUCUCAAGAACCCCCUGCGGAUGUAGAGAGCGGUAAGGGUAAGGCGAAAGAGGAUGAAGCUGUGGUUCCGACUACUUCGGGUGGACGAUUGGUUGAACCGGCAUCUGAUAUCUCGCUUCAACCCAUUCCCUCAAUUUCUCGCCAUUGUUCGGAGGACGAUGAGGAUGAAGUCGUCAUUGCUCCAACUUCAGAGUUGAUCGAUCCAUCUCCUCAAGUCCACGUCCCAACCGUAAACCAGAGCGAAGGCCCGCCAUUCAUGCCUCCGAUUGCACCCGCUGGACCUCAGUCUCACGUAGGCACAACUACACAGCCCUCAGGUCGCCAAUUUCCACCUGCGGGAACACUUGUCGUUGUGCAGGGUGUCGUGCAUACCACCGACGUGUCCCGCGCUUCGGAGGUAAAUAUCGCCAAUAACAAUAACUCGAACAAUACGAGUCCCGCGAAUGAUGGCAAUCUGGAACCACCGGGAAUUGCCAGGUCAUCCUCCAUUGCACGCCAACGAUCGUCUUCUACCCCCGGUGAUCGCUUGCGCAAUCGAUUGUCUGGAAUCCUACCCCGCCCUUCCAGCAUGCUGCCAUCUAUACCGCUCAUGUCAGAAGACGGUGCUGCUGCUGAUUAUCCACAACAAUUACCUGUUGACAUGCAGUCAAGUACGGCCUCUCUACCUGUGGGGACGGGCCCUAAUGCAGGAGCUGGUCCGCCAACCUCUGAAACGUCUAGCGCCAACACCGGCUCACUUUCGCCGAGUAGCAUUGAUGUAUUGGGAACGUUGCUCAGUGUCGCAGCAGCGGCAACGGCUGCUUCUCUCCUCACGGGGACUUCCGAGCCUAUUUUUUCUUCUGGACUCGCGCCCUUAUCUCAGUCACCAAAUCAGCCUCCUCCUCAAAGUAUGUCAGAUCGGCCUCUAUCGCCUACACCCACAGGUGACGCUGGGACCUUACGUGAUCGCCUUGGUCUACGCACACCUGGAAUGGGAGCGCCUGGUGCUGAUGAGGGCUCAGGUAGACCCAGUCCCCGCGAUGCACGUGAGCUUCUACUUACGGAGAUGGCCCGGGCUUUCAAUUUGGGUCUUGGUCUAGGGAGACCAGCCUUGCCCGCCGCUGAACCACCCUCCGUCAAUGGAGGUGGGACCAGUGACGUUCCCAUAAUGCCCCCGCCUGGGAGCUUUGAGCGUUUCCUUGUCGAUCUUCAAUCAGAUCUAAGGGUUGCGCUUGCGCAAGACAGUGUCCCUGUUGACGCUGAUAGCGAGGCCAAUGAUGAAGGUGUGGGUGAUGAAGAUAACCAUGAAGGUGAACGCCGUGAGACUGAAGACGUGCCGGACGGUACAAGUGACAACGAGUCUUACGACACCGCCGCAUCCGACAUCGAUGAUAACAUGCCUGAACUUCAGAGCGUUUCUGAUGAGGCGUCUACUAUCUCGGACGCCCACACUGCCCGGGAGAGCCCAGGCACGAACGAUGACAAUCUAGGACAUAGUGAUGAUCCAGAUUUGGAAAUUAAUAACGCCCUGGUCCAUGAUGCCACAGCAACCUUGCCUCGCAUUGCCCACGCUGACACCCUUUCUGGAGAGGCGGGUAUAGACAUAGGGUCACAGGAUGCUUCAUCUGGUUUGUCAGGGUCCCCAACAAGACCUUUAUCAUCUCCUUCUUCAUCUGGUCCCCCAGGUGUGAGUUCUUUGACUGAGUCCUCCACUGUUGCACAAGAGUCUGCUGAGACAGACAUGCCAUUCCGAAUUCCACGUAUCUCAGGUGGUUCUACGUCGCGCACUGAGCACACGCCUAUCAACUGGUGGCGAUUGUACCGUUUCCCUGCUAUCACAGCGCCAGCAAGUCGCAGUACACAGGCGCACACGAUUGUACAGCAAGGAUCUGCCCCACAACCACAACCACUACCACACGUGGACGGCAAUGGGGUACAAAAUACAGGUGGUCCACCAGCCGCUCCGUCUUCACUUCCCUUCACUCCCUCAGAGAUGUCGGAUACUACGCACGCAACGUCAACCGCCGACCUGACCGCUGGAGUGCAGCCGAGUAACGGUAAUGAACAACGUAAUGUCGUCAUUCCUGUCAUCGUCGUGGGGUUGCAAUCAGUGCACGCAGAACGUCAAUCACCUAUGCCUCCACAUCCUCCUCACCACCUUCAUCCUCACGUCCACCAUCAACCACCCGAUUUCGCAGACGAGCGCCCCACCGAAGGAGAUAUGAUGGAUUUAGACUUUGGCAAUGAAUCUGAGAUGUCAUCACCAACCCCUGCCCCUCUUGCUCCAUCAGAGUUUCCACUCGAAGAUACACGACAGUCUCGCGGUCGCUCUUGGCAGUCUCGUGCAGCAGAUGCCAUCAGGAAUUUACGUCCUGGUCGCAGGGCCGCUGUGGCAAGACAGACUGCGUCAGAGCCUCCAGGGUCCAGAACGUUCCUCAUUUAUGUCAUUGGUGGCUACUACCCACCCGAUCACCAAAUCAUCACAGGCGGGAACUUGGAUUCGUUCGAAGCAUUGUGGGAACUGGCCGAGUUACUCGGUCAAGUGAAACCACCCACUGCCUCGAAGGAGGAGAUUGACAAGUCUGGGCUCGAAGUUAUCAAGGCAAAUUCACUUGAGGAGUAUGCAAAGGACGGACGUGUCGCUACUAACUGCGUCGACCGGUGUCUCAUAUGUCUUGAUGACUAUGUGCCGGAUGAUGACCUACGUGUCUUAAGCUGUAAACACGCAUUCCACCAAGGCUGUGUGGAUAAGUGGCUCCAGACAGGAAGGAAUAAUUGUCCUGCCUGCCGUACGAAGGGCGUCGACAAUGAGACCAACCCCUCCACUGAAGCAUCCGCUUCGAGUUCAACCUUGACACCCCAGCCAGCAGGCCGCAUGAUGGCGUGCAUCCUUGAUUAAGCAGUAUUUUUCCUUGUGCCUCAUCUUUUCCCUCAUCUCGAUUGUAACAAACCUUCGCAUCUGAUCUGUCUUGCGAUUCGUGUAGCAAUUUCAUCUCUUCAUCGCUGUUCUUUCUUCAGCUUAUUAUAAUGCUACUGAGUAUCGUCGUCCACACGAUUUAUCCAAC